AUGUAUACCUGUCCAGCUUCAUCCCUUCCAGUCCGACAAGUCAUCUUCCCUCUCGGCUCUCGCACCGUUGCCAUGGCAGCGUCCAAGCUUACCCCCACCUUGCCUGUCUCUUCCCUCGCCCUCGCUACCUCUCGCUCGCCGGGCCAGCUGCGCUCCCCAACCCUUCACCCGGCGGCGGCGGCGGCUGGAGUUGUUACAGGCUUGAGCUGGACUUUGAAGGGCGCUGGCAAUGGCACGACCGUGGUGUGUGCCACUGCCGUCCACGGCCAGGACGCUACCAUCCAAGUCCAAGGAAGCAAGUGGAAACCAACUGUUUGUGUGGUCCUUGUGGAGCUCUUCAACACAGGAACUAUACUGCUAGGCAAGGUAGCAGUUGAUAGCGGCAUGUUUGUAUUCUCAUUGCUUUGUUAUAGAAGCAUUCUGGGUGCCAUUUUUAUCUUGCCAUUUGCCCUGCUCCUCGAAAGUGGGAAGUGGAAAGAAUUGGAUAAGAAGGCUCUUGGUUGGCUCUUCAUCAAUGCUUUUGUCGGGUACUCGUUGCCUAUGGCCAUGUAUUACUACGGGCUACAUGACACAACUGCUUCCUAUGGUGUGAUCUUCUCCAGUUUGACUCCGCUCUUCACUUUUGUCUUGUCAAUAUUGCUUGGCAUGGAGACCUUGCGCCUCAAAUCCAAGGAGGGUAGCGCGAAGGUGGUUGGUGCAUUGGUAUGCUUUGGAGGGGCUUUAUUAAUAAGCCUAUACAAUGGGAAGGAACUGCAUCUCUGGUCUCCAGUUAUAAAAGGUAUCACUAAGAGUUCUAAUGGAGUAGCCGGAGGACGCCACCAUUUGAGAGGCACCUUACUUUUGUUGGGUGAUUGCAUAUGCUAUGCAUUUUGGUACCCCAUACAGGUGAAAAUUCUAAAGGUGUAUCCAUGGAAACAUUGGUCAUCAGUGUUGACCUGUGUUCUAGGUGGUUUGCAAACAUGUGCCAUAGGUAUAUUUUUGAGAAGAGACAAACUUGCUUGGCAAGUAGGAUGGAACAUUCAACUAUUAACAAUUGUCUACUCAGCUGCACUUGGCACAGCCGCCAAGUAUUGGUUAAAUCUCUAUGCUGUGGAAAAGCGAGGUCCUGUUUUCCCACCAAUGUUCAGCACAUUAUCGAUUGUUUUCACCAUUGUUCUUGGGGCUUUAUUGCUAGGAGAAAGCCUCACAGUUGGGAGCUUGUUUGGUAGUGCUUUGGUUUUCAGUGGUUUGUAUAUGUACCUCUAUGGAAAGGCCAAAGAGCUACAUGUGAAGACAAUAUCAUGUUCAAGCAAUGAAAAGCUUCAGGAGCAACCUACCCACGACUCGAAGUGUGAGGAUACAAGAUUCGGUCCUUAG